CAUGAGAAAGGGGAAAGAUGGAGCUGCACAUCCAGAGCACCGGCUGAGAGUGGCCAGCAUAGCCAAGGAGAGCGUGCCUCUGUUUACCUACGGGCUCAUCAAACUUGCCUUCUUGUCCUCCAAGACGAGGUGCAAGUUCUUCAGCCUGACCGAAACCCCAGAGGAUUACACCAUCAUUGUGGACGAAGAGGGCUUCCUGGAGCUGCCCUCCUCGGAACAACUUAGCGUGGCCGACGCCACAUGGCUGGCCUUGAACGUGGUGUCCGGCGGGGGGAGCUUCUCCAGCUCCCAGCCCAUCGGGGUGACCAAGAUUGCCAAGUCCGUCAUCGCCCCGCUGGCCGACCAGAACAUCUCGGUCUUCAUGCUUUCUACCUAUCAGACUGACUUCAUCUUGGUGCGCGAGCGGGACCUGCCCUUCGUCACACACACCUUGGCGGCCGAGUUCACCAUACUUCGGGUGGUCAACGGGGAGACGGUGGCCGCCGACAACCUGGGCGUCACCAAUGGCUUCGUGAAACCCAAGAUGGUUCAGAGGCCAGUCAUUCACCCUCUCUCCAGCCCCAGUAACAUGUUCUGUGUCACCAGCCUGGACCCCGACACGCUCCCCACCGUGGCCACCCUCCUGAUGGACGUCAUGUUUUACUCCAAUGGAGUGAAGGAGGCUGUGGUCAGCAGCGAGGACUGCGGCCACAUCCGCUUCUUCUCCUUCUCCUUGAUCGAGGGCUACAUCUCCUUGGUGAUGGAUGUGCAGACCCAGCAGAGGUUCCCAAAUAAUCUGUUGUUCACGAGCGCGUCCGGAGAACUCUGGAAGAUGGUGAGAAUUGGAGGACAGCCCCUCGGCUUUGAUGAAUGUGGGAUCGUGGCGCAGAUCUCGGAGCCCUUGGCGGCCGCCGACAUCCCUGCCUACUACAUCAGUACUUUUAAGUUUGACCACGCAUUGGUACCGGAAGAAAACAUCAAGGGCGUCAUCAAUGCCUUGCAAGUCAGUCAGGCCGAGAAGCAUUAGAAGCUCCCCUGCUUCCUUCCCCCUUCUCCCUCCCAGCCUCCCUGUGCACCCCUUCCCCGCCUUCCCCCCUGCCCUCCACCCCCAGCAUUCUUCUGACAGUAUUUCUUAAGCCAGAAAAUGGUCCGGCCGCCGCCGCGGACAGAGCCGCCGAGGAGGGCCGUGAGCCGGCCUGAAGAGGAGGCUUCCGGGGUGUCUGGGGGACGCCCGCGGCCUCCGGGCCUCUGGAACUCGGGCGGGGCGGGUCCCCCUCUCCUCAGCGGAGGCCGCAGUCGCCUUCUGUGAGAGGCCGCGCUUGGCCGGGGACUAGGGGGAGGGGGGUCAUUGGCUCCUGAGGCUGCUCUCGCCCAGCCCCGCUCUCGGCUUUGGGGGUCUCGGGCCGGCUCGGAUCUUCUGGUCUCCUCCUCCUCUCGCCCCACCCCCAUUCCUUGGACCCCUCAGGUCACUCCCAAGGCGGUCCAGCUGGCACUGGGGGGAGGGGCGCCCCAUCGGCCUCCCCUGGCCUUUGGAAGGAGCCGGAGCCCCGGGGCCAGAAGGAAGCAGAGUUCUGUCUGCGCUGCAGCUUUGCCUGGGUUCUAACCCCGGAGCUUCCUUCUGAGCUCCCGGGCCGGAGUGGGGGGCGCUCAGCAAGGACCCUCCAUGGGUGGGUUUAAUUUUCCCCUCCCUUUCCCUUUGGCCUAAAUGCGCGCUGCUGCUGCUGGGUCACGUGGGCUGAGGGUCUUCCCCGAGACCCUCCGAGAAAUCCCUCCCCCCCCCCGUGUCCUGCCCCACCGCCAAAGGUACUUGGGAGUACGGGCCCAGCAGCCUCGGUCCUCCCGGAGCCAUCUGUAGCCUCUCGCCAGACGGGCCUUUCUUCACGUUCAGUAGCACGGAGGCUGACCCGGGCCACGCCCCGAGGGUGUCCCCCCCCACUCCCGACCUUGGCCGGCCCCUGACAGAGGCUUUGCCUGCUUGGGAGGGGCAGAGCCCGUGGGUCCGUCGCCCGCCCUCGGCCUGCUCCCAGAAGUUCCCAUAUUGGACCCGGUGGCCCACCCCUCCCUUCCCUGAAGCCCCUCCCCCUUCCCCCACAGCCCCUCCCUC